AUGAUUCGACAUACAAUUAAACCGUCGACACCACCGAAACAACAAUCACAAAAUAAUAUUAGAUUACGCAUCGUAGAUGAAUGCCCAAUAAUUAAUCAUUUUAAUGAUAUUACAAAUAAAUCAUCGAUUUCUAAACAAGAAAAUUCAAUAUCUGCUACUCUUGUAUUACCUACAAUGCAACGAACUGAUAAACAAUUGCCACAACAACAAAAACAGCAAAAGCAAAUUAAUUCGACUUCAACAUCUACCUAUUAUCGAAGCCGUCGUCCAUAUUCUCCACCUUACCAUUAUAAUAAUUAUUAUUAUGAUGAUAGUUACAACACAACAGGGACAACAACAACCAAUGUUCUUUCCAACAGAAAAUUAACAACAAAUGGCGAAUCCACCAACACAGAUCCAAACACCAGUACAACAACAGCAUAUUCAACAACCAAUAAUAUAUUCAACCAACAAUGUGACAACUUAUCCAACUUACAACAUGUAUCAAUAAAUAACAAUAAUUCCUUAUUAUUAGAAUAUUCUUCGUUUAAUGCAAUUACAUCGUGUUAUCGACAACAGUCUGCUUUAAAUAAACCACUCCAUUUUAACCCACAAUUAGCUGAAUUAGAAGCAAUUCAUUUAAACGAUAUUGUUUACACUAUUGGAAAUGUUUAA